AUGAAUUCAAAUGAAGAUGAAUGUAAAUUUAAAUUUAAUGUUAACCAAUAUAUUGAAGAAGAAGCAAAGAAAUUACAAGCAGAAUGGGAUACAAAUCCAAGAUGGAAGGGAAUUAAAAGAGAAUAUACUGCAGAGGAUGUAAUUCGUUUAAGAGGAUCAUUUAAGGAGGAGCAUACAUUAGCAAAGAAAGGUGCAGAGAAACUUUGGGAUAUGUUACAUGAAAAAGAUAAUUGGGUACCAGCAUUGGGUGCACUUUCUGGUAAUCAAGCAGUUCAAAUGGUACGUGGUGGUCUUAGAGCAAUCUAUUUAAGUGGAUGGCAAGUUGCUGCCGAUAAUAAUACCUCUGGCCAAAUGUAUCCAGAUCAAUCAUUGUAUGCCGUAAAUAGUGUACCUGAAUUAGUUCGUAGAAUUAAUAAUGCCCUUAGAAGACGUGAUCAAAUUGAAGUCAAUGAAGGUAAUCUUGAAUUCCAAUAUCUUCCAACACCAAUUGUUGCAGAUGCAGAAGCAGGUUUUGGUGGCCCAUUGAAUGCCUAUGAACUUAUGAGAAGUAUGAUCGAAGCUGGUGCAUCAGGUGUUCAUUGGGAAGAUCAAUUGGCAAGCGAAAAGAAGUGUGGUCAUAUGGGUGGUAAAGUACUCAUUCCAACAUGUGGUCAUAUAAAGAAUCUUACUGCCGCUCGUUUAGCAUCCGAUGUUAUGGGAGUACCAACAUUGAUUGUAGCUCGUACCGAUUCUUUGGGAGCUGGUUUGUUGAUGAGUGAUGUUGAUGCACGUGAUAAGAAAUUCAUCACUGGUAAACGUACUGUCGAGGGUUAUUAUCACUUGAAUUGUGGUAUUGAGCAAGCCAUUGAAAGAGCACUCAAUUAUGCACCCUAUUGUGACUUGUUAUGGUGUGAAACUUCAACACCAUCCAUUGAAUUAGCCAAACAAUUCGCCGAUGCCGUUCAUGAAAAAUUCCCAGGUAAACUUUUAGCAUACAAUUGUUCACCAUCUUUCCAUUGGAAACAACAUUUGAAACCAGAUGAAAUCGCCUCUUUCCAACGUCAACUCUCUGAUUUGGGCUACAAGUUCCAAUUCAUCACUUUGGCUGGUUUCCAUGCUCUCAAUUUAACAAUGUUUGAAUUGGCAAAGGAUUACAAAAAGAAUGCUAUGACUGCCUAUGUAAAUCUUCAAGAGAAAGAAUUCUCUUUAGAAUCUGAAGGCUAUACUGCAACUAGACAUCAACGUGAAGUAGGUACUGGUUACUUUGAUCAAGUUUCUCAAAUUAUCUCUGGUGGUCAAUCUUCAACAUUAGCUUUAGUAGGUUCAACUGAAGAAGAACAAUUUGAUGAACAUAUUGAAAAGAAAAAGAAAGUUGCUCAUAAUAAUAAUGGAAAUAAUAAAAACAAAGCUGCAAGUGUUCAAAACUAA